UGCCUCCAACAAAAGAUAGUUGCGGAUACAGCUUCAAAAGCGACACUGAAGCCGUCUACUACGAGAUGCCGACCCCAGUUGCAAAGGGUAUGCCGCUAUUUUCCUUCUACAUGAGACUCUCACUUGUCUUUGAGCCUUCGGAGGCGGUGUGCUUAUCAGUGAUGAUAUAUGGCUUCUCUGGGAUGCCGAGCCGACUCGAAUCUUUUCCUUGAGAGAAUAGUUAAUGCUGUUUCCAUAUGGCUUUGCAUGUGUUGAACCAUUCUGUGGCAGAACUGACAAGCUAGGUAUCAUUAUCGGUGUGGCGGCGCUCGUAGCCGCUGGCAUCGCAGUUUACGAGUCCCCCCAAUUCCGACGAUGGGUGAACAACUCGCGCCGGAAACUUGCGACAGCGUUGCACAACCUCGGAGAUGGAGUUCAUCCUGGGGAAGCUGGGUUACCACUUCAGCAUGACAUUUCCAUGGUGGAAGAGGUAGGUCCUGCAGCUGAGGAACGCAGGCGGAUCGCCCGGGAAGAGAUCCAACGACGACGAAGUUUACUCGAAGAACGUCAGAAGAAGAGGUCAAACAGCUCGCUGGGCACGUUCGAUACAUUGGUGGACAGAAAUGGGCAUUUGUUGGACGGAGCAGACCAAGCUCACUCUAUGGCAAAUUCCACGGCCGUGGAUCUGGGCGCCUCGCAGCCUGUACAACGAAGCAAGCAACUGGGAACCUCACCCGCUGAUUCGACAGUCUUAUUUGAUGCUGAGCCAGUACCUGAGCUUUCGGGGGUUCAGCUUUCUAUUCCGGCUCCGCGAUCCCGUGCUUCGACACUGUCGCAUGCCGAUUUCACGCCUGUAUCCGAGGUGUCGAAUGGCAUGUCGGAGUUGAUAGUUUCUCGAGAGUCACUUGACAAGCAGCGACCUGUUUCAUCUCUGUCUAGCCACACUGUUGGCAGUCGCCCCGAAGUGAUUUAUGCGCACCCCGAGUCGGCCGCUAAUGGGACAGUUGAGGACACACGUUCCCCCUUCUCGGACCUAGAAGGCCUGCGCUUUCCUCGAGACCGUCCCACGACUCCACCUACGCCCUCGACGGCAGACAACUUCAGUCACAUUGCUGUAGAUGCGUCAUCUGACGGCACACUCAGCGACUUUGAGGGUUCGAUAGAACGGGCUCAUACUCCUGCCAGCUGGUCAGAAAUAGGAAGUGUGAGCAGCGAAGAGUACCAUCAACAUGGCCUGUAAAAGAGGGGGUUCAAGCUUUGGGGAUAUAUGGAUUUGGAUGGGUACAAUAGGCGCUUGGUGGACCGGGUACGGUGUAACUGGCGUUGGUAUCAUGUUUUAUCAAUUUUGUAGCAGUUUCUGGUUUUUAUAGAUGCUUCACAAGGCGAUCAUUGCAUAUUCUAUCCACGAAAAUAAACCACCACCACCAGUAUCUCCAAAACAGGUUAGAGACUUCCUCUGAGAGCCACGUUUCGACCUAUUUGAUGAAAAAUCAUAUUCAUUACGUGCAUCGGCUCGGCUUUCGCAGCGUCUC